AUGACGCUCGUGAAAUCGGAAAUGCAGGCACUAGAAAACCGGCAUUCCUUGAGCUUUGCUUCGCUUUACGUCGGUGAUCUUAGUCCGGACGUGACGGAGGAAGAUCUCUUCUACAAAUUCUCUCUGACUGUACCUGUCGCCUCUGUCCAUCUUUGCCGCAACUCGGUCACCGGAAAAUCCAUGUGUUACGCUUACGUCAACUUCGAUUCACCUUUCAGCGCAUCGAAUGCCAUGGCUGCCUUAAACCACACUGAUUUGAAGGGAAAGGCAAUGCGGAUAAUGUGGUGCCAGAGAGAUCUUGCGUACCGUCGUCGUAGUGGGUUCGGAAAUCUCUUCGUUAAGAACCUCAACAGCUCCAUCACUAGCAGUUGCUUAGAGCGACUGUUUCGCCCCUAUGGAACGAUACUUUCUUGCAAAGUCGCAGUAGAGAAUGGCCAGAGUAAAGGCUUUGGGUUUGUUCAGUUUGAUACAGAGCAAUCUGCUGUAGCUGCUCGUAGUGCUCUCCAUGGCUAUACGGCUGAAGGCAAGAAACUGUUUGUAGCCAAGUUCAUCAACAAGAAUGAAAGAGCAGCUAUGUCAGGAAAUCACGAAUUCACCAAUGUUUACGUGAAGAAUCUGAUGGAGAAUGUCGCAGAGGAUGUUCUACAUGGACUGUUUUCUCAAUAUGGGACAGUCUCUAGUGUUGUGGUUAUGAGGGAUGGUAUGGGAAGAUCGAGAGGUUUCGGAUUUGUGGACUUCUGCCAUCCAGAAAACGCUAAGAAAGCUGUGGAAUCUCUAAAUGGACGCCCACUUGGAUCCAAGAAUCUGUUUGUUGGAAGGGCUCUGAGGAAAACUGAAAGGAUGGAGAUACUGAAACAAAAACACAAAGACAACUUUGUAGCCAAGUUUAACAUGGGGUGGUCUAAUCUGUACGUGAGGAACUUGAGUGAAUCAAUGGACGAAACAAGUCUGCGAAAAAUAUUUGGAAGCUAUGGGGAAAUAGUCUCAGCCAAAGUGAUGCGUCAUGAAGAUGGCAAAAGUAAAAGAUUCGGCUUUGUGGCUUUCUCAAACAUUGAAGAGUCCAAAGAGGCUAAAAGAAAGCUCAAUGGGUUUUUAGUUGAUGGAAAACCACUUGUUGUUCGAGUUGCUGAGCGAAAAGAGGAUCGAAUCAAGAGGAUGCAGCAGUAUUAUCAAGUACAACCAGCUCAAGCAGUCCCGCGACCAAUGCCCAGCCAUUACACGCAAGCUCCUCCUGUCCCUUCACCAGCUCAGCCAGUCCCAACAUCUGUACCCUGCUCAUAUGGUUAUCUGCAGCCAUUUCAUAUCGGGGCAUCUUAUUACUAUAUGGGCACUCAGUUACCACAAAUGUUGGGUCACCAAAACAUGACCACCUACGUUCCAGCAGGCCAAGCUCAUCUGAAGCAGAAAAGAUCAGUGCAACUUGUCUACAAAAACCCGGUUUAUACCUUUGCCAAGAGUGGUGCUAAACAGAAACUGGUCUUUAAGGAAAAGGGCAGACAAAGUCUCGAGGCAGCCACUUGCUCCAAAGCGACGACAUCUGCUAAAAAAGGUGAUAAAGCAUCCUCGGAUUUGAUGGCGAUUCUGUCACCAAACAAGAAGGCAGAGCUGAUAUCAGGAAAAACUGAAGUUGCUUAA